AUGUUCAGGCUCACCAUCAUCUUCCCCAUUCUCGUUGCUGCUUUGAUAGCACUCGCGAUCUACGUGCAGGUCACAUCAAGCUCUCUGUCCCUCCCGCUCUCGACCGGCACAACCGUCAUCACGAUCCUGCUCCCGCUCAUCGCAGCCGCGAACGUCUUCUACACCCCCAUCCUCGACCGAAUCCUACCGCGCGGCAAAUACCCGGCCCUGCAGCAGCUGCUCCCGCCCGCGCUGCAGAUCAUCCAGGCCGUGCUGACGACCAUCGUCGCGACCCUUGCCUUCGAGGGUUUCCUGCCUAGCCAGAACCUCAACUGCAAUCUCGAGGGCAACUGGCAGCAGCUGUGGCACGAACACGAUGGCCGGGGGAUUGAGCGCAUCCAAGACUCAUUCAAUUGCUGCGGAUUGAACUCGGUGCGGGACCGCGCGUGGCCGCGGGACCAUUGCCAGGACUUCUACAAUCGACAUUCGUCGUGCGCGGCUCCGUGGCGGGCUACUAUGCAGCGCAAUGCGGGUCUCGAGUUCGGCGUCGCGGUCGCGGUUGGGCUGAUACAGUUGGUGCAUCUCGCGCUCUCUCGCCUGCGAAACGCCCAGAACCGCAGAGCCCGAGACUUCAAGCGCAUCACCCAUAAUCCUGAAGCCGACUCGAGCGACCGCCUGAUAGAGGAUGGACAGCCGGUUGAAGAGGCCGACGGAGCAGAGGGGAAUGGGGGACAAGACGGCUCGCGUCGUGGCUAUGGAGCCAUUAGUGACGGUGGAUCGGCUCCUCGAAUCGAGCCUUCGGGCCUUGGGGAGGAGCGAAACCAAUGGCAGUCGUAA